AUGUGUACUCUGAUCCAAUGUGACCCUACAAAGAAAUCUGCAUUGAAAGCCAUUGAGAAAGUCAAGAUGGUCAUGGUGUAUACCCGUUCUAAAAAACCCAAAAUUCCCUCAUCCUUGAAUCAUUCUGAAUCAUCAAUAUCUAAUGAUACACCCAUGAGCAAUUUGGUCUUGGAGACCCCUAGAAGUGAAGAGGUUCAAAAACUUCUGGAGAUCAUAUUAAAUGCCAAAAAUCUGGUGGUCAUUUGUGGUCCAGGUGUAUCUGUUCCUGUUGCUAUCAGAUCUUCAUGCCAGUCCCUAUCGGAUCCUUUUAAUUUACUGCAUCCUAUAAUAUGGCAGGACCAGGCACAGUCAUCUUUGGUAUUUCAGACCCUGAAAAAUAUCGAUGCCAUGGAAAAGACCGCUGGAGUGUUAUUCUUUGGACUUCCAACGUCAUCUCAGAUAGCUCAGGACAAGAAUCUUGUGGAUGUGGUCCUGGCUGUGGGAGUUCAUCCUAUCCCUCACUCCAACUAUUCUACCAUCAUCAAACAAUUUGCCCAAGCAGCACAGUCCAGAGCUCAGAUAGGGGUUCCCUCAACCAUUCUGAUGGACCAGGAUAUGCCUACUCUGGAGAAGGCUGGAAUCCAAGAUCUGUUUCAAGUUUCUUUGGAUGCUGUCCAUAAUCCUGCUAGUAACACCAUGGUGAUAUCAAGGAAGCCAGAGCUUAUGGACUUCUCAAUGAAGCAAGAUGAUGAAGAGGGUGGAGGUGGUGGAGGUGGAGGGUGGUGUCAUAUCCCGUAUUCCAGACCUUCGUCCGAUGAUGUUCCCACGCCUUCCGGACGCCUUCCGGAUGCACAUCCGGACCUCCAUACCCUUAUCCAUGACUCCAUACUCUUAUCCAUGCCUUCAGUCCUCCAGUCCACUAUCGGUUUGGAUCCGUACACCUUCGUACAUCCAUAUAUCAAUACCUUCGGACCUCCGCAGCUAAGCCUGCUCCAUCCACCCUUAGUCCUAUCGGAUCCGAGCUCAUUCCAUCUCGGACUCUACCUUCCCUAG